AUGGAGUAUGAAAAAAUGUUAACAAAAGGCACUUUGCUAGCCAUUAUGAAUAAUGAAGAAAUCAAAGAUCCCAUUAUGCAAGUUCUUGGUGUUCGUAAAAUUACUGCAGCAGGAGCAAAUGAAAGAUACCGUCUACUUAUUUCAGAUGGCCAAAAUUUAAACUCUUUUGCCAUGUUAGCAACUCAAUUAAACAGUAUGAUUUUAUCCGGGGAACUGACUGAGUUUGCUAUUGUAAAGAUAAAACGUCAUAUUAUCAGUAAUUUAACUGAUCGUUCUAAAGGAAGUAAACAAGUCAUGAUUCUAAUAGAUUUAGUUGUCAUGGUACCCGGUAAUGUUGUUUCAUCAAAAAUUGGUGAUCCUAAACCAAUUGUCGAUAAUUCAGGCCAUAUGGUUGCAAAUGGAACGUCUGCUCCAGCAGUUGCAACUCCUAAACCUCAGUCUAAUUCUGUAAAAAUGCCUACAGUUCAGUCUAGUGUGAUAAACAAUGGUCUCCAAUCAGUUAUUGAUGUUGACAACAUCCAUCCAAUUAAUUCAUUAAGCCCAUAUCAGAAUAAAUGGACUAUAAGGGCUAGAGUUGUAUGCAAGACUCCCAUACGUACAUGGAGUAAUCAAAGAGGAGAUGGUAAACUUUUUAGUAUGGAUUUAGUAGAUGAAAGCAGCGAGAUUCGUGCCACUGCUUUUAACAAUGAGUGUGAUAAGUUCUUUGAUAUGAUUGAAGUAAAUAAAGUAUAUUUUAUUACGCGCGGUGCUAUUAAAACAGCAAAUAAAAAGUUUACAAAUCUCGAUAACGAUUAUGAACUCACUUUUUCUUCGGAAACACAAAUUUUCCCAUGUCAUGACUUUGAUGAUUCACAAAUGCCUGCUAUGAAAUUUAAUUUUACACAAUUGAGCCAAGUGAAAGAUAUGGAUGUAGAUAGUAUAGUGGAUAUCAUUGGAGUAUGUCAAAAUGCAGGAGACGUGACUAAUUUAGUGUCAAAGACUACAAGAAAGGAGUUGCAAAAAAGAGAUGUGACUUUGGUUGAUCAAUCAUUGAGUUCGGUCACUGCUACCUUGUGGGGUACCCAGGCUACAGAUUUUGAUGGAUCAUUACAACCUGUAAUUGCUAUAAAAGGAAGUCGAAUUAGAGAAUUUAUGGGCAGCAAAUCACUAUCACUCUUAGGAUCCACUAUAAUGCAAAUUAAUCCAGACAUAGAAGAAGCCCAUCGUUUAAGGGGUUGGUAUGAUUCACUUCCUUCAAAUGUAGAAUUUAAUAGUAUUUCAACGCGUUCCGAUGGUGGAAUUAAUACUAAAUUCCUUACAAUUAAAGGAGCUCAACUUGCUCAGCUCGGCAGUGGCGAUAAAGCUGAUUAUUAUAAUAUGUACUCUCAUUUGAUUUUUGUAAAAUCUGAAUCUGCUCUUUAUAAAGCAUGUCCUAAACCAGAUUGCCAGAAAAAAGUUAUUGAUCGUAAUGAUGGAACAUAUCGUUGUGAAAAAUGUAAUGAUGAAACAGAAAAUUUCAAAUAUAGAUUAAUGCUUCAAGCUCAAUUGAGUGAUUCGACUGGAAACCAGUGGGUUACUAUGUUCCAGGAAGCAGCUGAAACACUUUUGGGAACUACCAGUACAGAAUUAGGGAGGUUGAUGGAAGAAGCCAAGGAAGAAUAUUGUGAUGUUUUUCAAAAACAGAUGUUUAAACUGUUUGAUGCCAGAGCCAGGGCAAAGAUGGAAACUUAUAACAACGAGACCAGAUUAAAAGUAUCUAUAGUCAACAUGAAACCAAUAGACUACAAAAUAGCUAAUGAAAAACUGAUUGCUGAUAUAAAACGUUUAAGUGGUAUUUCAACAUAA